AUCUGUCAGUAGCCUGCCCACCGCCGAACCAUGCACAUCCAUUAAAAAAACGUAGUACCUUAGAAGUUUGAAAAGUGAAACUGAAGGACUAUAGACCACCGAUUUUGUUUUAAUUUUUCAUUUUGUGGUUUGGCAAUGGUGUCUAAAGGGGUGUUGUUGUCAUGUCACGGGGUAGUCUGGCUAGGCGCGGUCGCGCUGGCGCUGUGGGCGGGCGGCGCGCGCGCUGCCUUGCGCUACGACACAGCUACACCAUACACGCCGCCCUACAACAAGUACAGAUACAUACCGCUACAUGUUGAUGAGAUUCCCGAGGCAUCCCUGUCGUCCCCCGCGGAGGAGGAGUCUUCCAGUAGGAUGCCGAUUUCGGAAUUUAUCUUGACAGCUCUCCGGACAGCGCUAGACGUCGUCAGGAACGUCAACAAGCAACGAGCCAUCGCAGCCGCCACCCCUAACAAUGCCACCACUGCUGUCGCGGUACGACGAAACAGGACGAAACCAAAAAACGGGACAGUGGGAACCGGUCGUGGGUUCGAAGACUAUUACGAUGAAGAUCAUCACCACCAUUACGAGGAACACACCACCACUGCCAAGCCUAUGAAGCAGAAGGCCAGGUACACCGACCCCUGGGCUGGAUACUACGACUGGAUCAUCAACGAGGGAUCUUUCAAGUUCUGGAGUGUCUUUCAGCUGUUCACGGCGGCCCUGCUUCUGUACGCGUGCCUGUCAGCCAUCUACUACGCGAAAUUCAACCCUAUUUUACCCGACUAUGACAGGGAAUACGACGACUACUUCCUCGAGCGUACUGUAGGAAGAAACGCGAGGAGCUUAGACUCCCUCGAGCAACACGAGUUGCCUUCAGGGCACAGUUGGAUCAACCCUAGAACAUUCCAAUUCAUACUCGACGCCAUAUCGAAACACUACGAAGAGGAAUAGACAACAAAAGGAAAUUUAGUACUUAUUCGUUAGGUAGUAAGUCAUAAAUUGAUACGGGGUAACGAUGAUUUAAAUAGUGUAUUUUUCUUUAUUGAUAUAAUGGAAAAUUUAUUUGGGUUAAGGAUAUAAAAUUACGGCAAAUGUGUACUUGCAUUUGUUAAAGUCGCUGCCAUACUGAACAAAUUUCUCCUUGUUACCCUGGAUUAAUUUAUGUUAAAAUUUGACUGAAACAUGCUCAAAUGAGGGUCCUCAAAGAUCACCCUAUUCUAGAAGUAGGUAGCCC